AUGGAUAUAAAUGUGGCUCCAUCCUUCGACCUCUCAUCAAUCAGCUACCUGAUUCAUAAUUGUACACCACAUGUCUCCGUUGGCUAUUUAGUUGCGGAAGGCUUUUCUGCUUUGUUGAAAAAAGCGGAGAGCGAAAAAUUAUUGCAUGGAGUUUCAAUUGCCCGGGGUGCACCAUCAGUAACACACCUGUUCUUUGCUGAUGACAGCUUGUUGUUUUGUGAUGCUUCAGUUCAAGAUUGUCUCAAGUUAAAAGAGAUUUUUGCGGUGUAUGAGAGGGUAUCGGGGCAGAAAAUCAGUGUGGAAAAAUCUACUGUUAGUUUCAGUCCACGAACGACGAGGGUAGUGAAGGAAGCUUGUAGUACAGCGUUGGAUAUGAAAAUUGUUCCAUGCCAUGAACGUUAUUUGGGAUUGCCUAUAGUGACUGGAAGAAAUAAAAAGAAAGUCUUCAAGGGUGUGGCUGAUCGGGUGUGGCAAAAAAUUCAAGGUUGGGAAGGUAAACUGCUUUCCAAGGGUGGUAAGGAGGUGUUGAUCAAAGCUGUGGCUCAGUCAAUACCUACUUAUACUAUGAGUGUUUUCCAGUUACCAGCAGGGAUUUGUAAGGAAAUUAACAAGCAUCUAGCAAGAUACUGGUGGGGCAAUUUUGGUGGAAAAGGUAUACAUUGGAGGAGGUGGGAUGCACUUUGUGUGCCGAAGGGAGAAGGUGGCUUGGGUUUUAGGGAGUUUCAGUGUUUUAAUCAAGCUUUGGUUGGAAAAAUUGGUUGGAGGCUAAUUCAAGAUGAGGAGUCUUUGGUUGGUCAGAUGUUGAAGGCUAAAUACUACCCUAAUAGUUCUUUUUUGGAGGCUGUUAUUGGGAGGAAUCCUUCCAGUAUUUGGAGGGCUGUGAUGUGGGGUAAACAACUUCUAACUAAAGGUCUUCGGUGGAGGGCUGGAGAAAGUAGCUACAAUGCAGGAAGUGGAGGCUAUGCUUAG